AUGUCUUUCAAGAAUCGCCCAUCUAUCCCUACCCUGGAGGAGAAGCACAAUGGCACCCCAGCGCGUCUGUUACACAAGGCUUAUCGUGCAAAAGAUCUCAUAGAAGAUAUUGCCACGAAGAAACAGCAGUCUAGAAAGCGCUUGCCGGUGAUACCUCAGGGAAUUGAAAGAGCUCGCUUUUUUGUUGCUAUUGAUGAGAUAUCGAGAGAACUGGGCAAUGGAAAUGUCGAGAUCAACGAUAAACCACUGGAUGACGGCUGGUACAUGGAACCCCCCAAUACCCAUGACGGAAUGGCCAUUGUCGACGAAGAAGAAUUAGUCGCCUCUGCAGUGAUCUAUCCGGGUACUACAGAUGAGGUUCAAAAGGUGGUUCACUGGGCAAACAAAUACCUCAUCCCUCUGCACCCAAUAUCAAUGGGACGGAAUUUUGGCUAUGGUGGAGCUGCACCACGUGUUCGCGGAGCCGUCGUUCUUGACCUUGGCAAGCGCAUGAAUAAGAUCCUCGACAUCAAUCCGGAUGACUGCACCUGCCUGGUCGAGCCGGGUGUUUCUUACUACGCACUAUAUGAGGAGGUACAGAGGCGCGGGUACAAAAAUCUGUGGAUUGAUGUUCCGGAUCUUGGCGGUGGCUCGGUCCUUGGAAAUGCGCUUGAUCGCGGGGUUGGAUAUACACCGUAUGGCGAUCAUUGGUCAACACAUUCCGGCCUCGAAGUGGUAACACCCACUGGCGAGAUAGUUCGGACAGGCAUGGGUGCUCUGCCAGGCAAUAACACGUGGCAGGUGUUUCCUUACGGCUUUGGGCCAUUUAUUGAUGGCAUCUUCUCUCAGUCGAACUAUGGCAUCGUCACCAAAAUGGGAUUUGGGUUGAUGCCUAAUCCAGGUGGCCAUGAAAGCUUCCUUUAUACUUUCCGGGAAGAGGACGACCUUGAACAGCUUGUGGAGAUUGUGCGACCUCUUCGAAUUGCUAUGAUUCUCGAGAAUGCUGCAAAUAUCCGGCACGCGUUGCAAAUCUUGGCGUUAUCUGGAAAGCCCCGAUCGGCAUUCUUCGAUGGAAAUGGACCCUUUCCUACCGACAAGAUGCACGAGUAUCUCCGAAGCCACCCAUAUGGUGAAUGCACCUGGCUAUACUACGGCACCUGCUACGGACCCAAGGAAGUGCGUCAGCUAAAGCUAGAUAUCAUCCACCGGGAGUUUAUGAAAGUGCCCGGGGCACGCCGCAUAGACCCAGCCAAGCUACCGCCGACUGACUAUUUCUGGUCUCGCGACCGAAUUUCAAGCGGGGAGCCCGACCUCGAGGAGCUUGCCUGGAUUAACUGGUGGCCAAAUGGUGGACAUGUCGCGUUCAGCCCAGUAGCGCCCACUCGUGGGGCAGAUGCACUACGGCUGUGGCAGAUGGCGAAGGAGCACUGGGUCAAAUUUGGCCUGGACUUUUUCUUCGACUUCGUCGUCGGGCUCCGUGAGCUCCAUCUUAUUGUUGAAUGUGUCUAUGACCGCAAUGAUCCCAAGCAGCGAGCGGACGCACUGCAGGCAAUGAGGUCCCUUAUUCGAGAAGCAGCUGAGAAGGGAUAUGGUGAGUAUCGGACGCAUUUGCUUCUGAGUGACCAGGUCGCUGGAACUUACUCUUGGAACGACAAUGCGCUUAUGAAGUUGAAUGAAAAGCUCAAAGACGCCCUUGAUCCCAACGGGAUCCUGGCGCCUGGUCGAUGUGGCAUCUGGCCUGCAAGGUACAGAGGAAGAGGUUGGGAAAUCGACGGGGAGAGGAUUUCUUCUGAGGGUGAUGGUGUAAACCCGCCCCCUGCAUCUACAAAGCUUUGA